AUGCAGCGCACCUGGUCCUCCCAGAUUUCGGCUAAGGCUCGAGGCCGCUCUGCCCCCACAUCUGUCCCGGAGGGGACCAGGGGGCACGGGGCCGCAGCGCGGGCCUCGCUUUCCGGGGGUCCGAGAAAGGGGCUUCCGGCAGCGCGGGCGAAGCCAGGCGGGCUGGUGGGAUGGGCCUCUCAGAAGCCCCUGGCCGCAGGAGAGGGGCGCGCCCUCAAGAUCUUACCACAAAGAGCCCCGGGUCCCCGAAGCAAAGCGGGGUGCGCGGGGAAGAUAACUGCCUACCUCGAAGGGGCGCGGAGUAAAAAAAAGCGCCGUGGGGGCGGGGAAGCGUGGGGGACGGGGGCGCGGAGACCCCGCCUGGCUGCACCCCCGCGCCCUCCCGCACGGCACAAAGAACUCGGCGCCGCUCCAUCCCUGCCAGCGCCCCACUUCCCGCCCGCGCCCCGGCGGGUACUCACCCAGAGGCCGCCGCCGCGGCAGCUCAGGGCCGGGUCGGCCCGAGCCGCCUCCCCGCCUCCGUCGCCGCCGCGGCAGCAGCUUCCUUCCUCCCCGCCGCGCUCGGGGACCGGAGGUUUCGGGUUUCAGCCCGCGGAACCCCGCUUCGCUCCUCCCGCCGCCCCGCCGCCAGCACGCGUACCCGGCCAGGGCACAGCCCGAGUAACUUCGCGGCGCUCGCGCCGCCCGCCCCUUCUCCGCCGUCCCCAGCCCCUCCGCCCGCGGGCCCCCCGAACCCCCGGCGCCCCGCACGGCCCCGCCCGGGCUCCGCGCGCCGCCGCCCCUCCCCACCCCGGCGCCGCCGCUCCCCACCCCUCACACCCCUUCUUUUGGCGCCCGCCCUCCCUCCCGGCCACUUUUCCAUUUCUUCCCACGGUCGGCCUCAGCUGCUGCUCUUUGUCUCGCCCCCACCCUCUCGGCCCGUAA